AUGCAUACUGCAGAGAAACCCAGUGAACAUAAGGAUGGUAAUGUGGGAAAACUUUCAGUGGACUGUCAUACUUCUGAGAAUAUAAACCAUACGGUUGAGGGACUCUAUGAAAGUACUGAACCUAAUAAUCAAUGUGGAGAAAUCUUCAGCCAGCUUCCAAAUCGUCAUCUGUAUGAGAAGACUCCUUCCAGUUCAUGUGAAUGCAGUGAACGUGGAAAAGUCCCCAUGAAUCAUUCCUCCCUUAAGAGGCCCAUCGCAAAUCACACUGGGCAGAAACCGUAUCAAUGUCAAGAAUGUGAGAGAGCUUUCAAGUGUCCUUCAUCUUUAUCACUUUGUAUAAGAAUUCACACUGAAGGAGAAUCCUACACAUGCAAGCAAUGUGGGAAAGCCUUCUGGUAUCACAGGUCACUUCAAAGACACAUGAGAGUGAACACUGGAGAGAUAUCUUAUGAAUGUAAGCAAUGCGGGAAAACCUUUAUGCAUUCCUCCUCCCUUAAACUACAUUUAAGACGUCACAGUGGAGAAAAACCCUAUGAAUGCAAGGAAUGUGGGAAAGCGUUCAGUUGUCCCACAUACUUUCGAGAACAUGUGAGAAUGCACACUGGAGAGAAACCCUAUGAAUGUAAGUAUUGUUGGAGAGCCUUCAGUUUUUACUCAUCCCUUCAAGAACAUGAGAGAACGCACACUGGAGAGAAACCCUAUAAAUGUAAGCAGUGUGGAAAAGCCUUUACUUGUUACUCCUCCCUUCAUGGACAUGAGAAAACACACAAUGAACAGAAAACUUAUGAAUGUAAGCAAUGUGGCAAAGGUUUCAGUUGUCCCAAAUACUUUCGAAUACACGUGAAAAUGCACAGUGGAGAGAAACCCAAUGAAUGUAAGCAGUGUGGCAAAGUCUUCAUUUGUCCCAAAUAUUUCCGAAAACAUGUGAAAAUGCACAGUGGAGAGAAACCCUAUGAAUGUAAGGAAUGUGGGAAAGCCUUCAUGGUUCUCUCAUACCUUGAAAGCCAUGUAAGAACGCACACUGGUGAGAAACCCUUUGAAUGUAAACAAUGUGGGAAAGCCUUCAAUUGGCCCACCUCCUUACAAGCCCAUAUGAGAACGCACUCUGAUGAGAAACCCUAUGAGUGUAACCAAUGUGGGAAAGCUUACAAUUUUCCCUCAUCCCUUCGAGAACAUAUGAGAACCCAUUCUAACAAGAAAAGUUAUGAAUGUAAGCAGUGUGGCAAAGCAUUUAGUUGUUCGAAAUCCUUUCGAAUACAUAAGAAAAUGCACAGUGGAGAGAAACCCUAUGUGUGUCAGGAAUGUGGAAAAGCCUACAGUUUUCCCUCAUCCCUUAGAGAACAUAUGAAAACACACACUGGAGAGAAGCUUUUUGAUAUUAAAAAGAGACCAUAUGAAUGUAAGCAGUGUGGGAAAGCCUUCAUGUUUCCCUCAUGCUUUCAAAGACAUGCGAGAACACAUAGUAAAGAGAAGCCCUAUGAGUGUAUGCACUGUGGGAAAGCCUACAAAUGCCUUGAAUCCCUUCAAGGACACCUGAGGAAACACACUGGAGAGCAACCCUAAGAAUACAAAGAAUGUAGGCAGGCCUUCAUUCACUCUUAAAGCCUUGUACAUGCAAGAAAACACACAGGAAAAAGCCCUUAUGAGCAUAAACAAUGGGAAAACAUUCAGGUACAGCAAUCCUUUUAUUGUGUACACAGAAACUUGGAACAGAAAAGAGAUCUUUUAAUUGUUAUGAUAUUGCCUUUGCGUCUCAUCCUUCAUAUGGAUCUCGUGUAUUAUGCUUUUGAUAUAAGCAUCUAAGAUAAUAUCUAUGUCCUUGGGUGGCACAAAUGAUUAACUGCCAGACUACUAACUGAAAAGUUGGCAGUCCCAAUCCACUCAGAGGUGCCUCGGAAGAGAGUCCUGGUAAUCUAUUUCCAAAACAAUCAGCCAUUGACAACCCUAUGAAGUGGGGUUCUGUUCUGAAACAUGGGGUGCCAUGAGUCAGAAUCAACACAACAGCAACUGGGUUGGUUUUUAUGUACUCUUUCAGCUGUGCCACAUAUAUUUUGUUAUAUGAAACUUUAAUUGUAUGGUUGCAUAAAACUUGUCUCAUUUCCAUUACGGUGUUUAUUAAACUUGGUUUUUGGUUUUUUUUUAAUGGACAACAUGGUGUAAUUUUAUAUAAAAAGUUUUUGAUUCCUAUUUUGCAUUAUGUUUCUGAUAUCUAGUCAUGAUGCUAUGAGACAUUGGGGUUGUUUACAUUAUUUUCUGGUCCACUAUUGCAGAUAGUGGAAUUGACUGACUUGAUACCGACCUUCCCCUUUAUUCUUUAUUAUUAAAAGAUGUAUCUUCCACAUUUGUUUGUUGCUAAUCGAUACCACAUCCUGUGUUCUUAGCAGUAAUUAGUAACUGUGCCAGCAUUUUGAAAGAGAACAGCCUGGUCUGACUUGUGUUCCUAUUUUGAGCUUUGUUCAUUUUCCCUGACCUUGAUUGGAAAUGUCACAUGAUGCACUGAAUUAAGAAGAGAGGCCUUAUAGCAUGAAGAUAAUCUAGAGUACAGAUGGUUCCACUGAAUCGCACUGUCAACGUGGGUAAAGUUGUGAACUACGUCUCCCAGAGUCUCGUCUGUUUGUGGUUCUGGGUUAAAGUUCACAAGAAGAGGAAAAUGCACCAGUGAGUGUUGGAAGGCAGAAGUGAAGAAGCCUUUCCUCUCCAUUCUGCUGGGCCAUCAGGAGAGAAGUAUGCAUAGGAACCCAGUAGCCUAGGUUACAGCUCACCUUUGACAUCUGGCUUUUUCACUCAAGAACAGCUCAAACCACACACCGCCUGUUUGACUUUAGUUCCCUCCUAGGCUGCAGCUUCCACAGGCUUUUCCAGAAGUUCCCCUGUUGGGGACCGUCUUUUGUACUCAGGCACACACAGCUUCAUCUUCUGACCCCCUUUAUCUCCAACUCUUCCAUAUUACCUGAUUUCUAUCGUAAGCACCUUUUUGUUACAAUAGUCAUUCUUUUUCCUGAUCCCACCCCAGCAGAUUAAUGCUGCAGCCAAAAAGGCAGGAAACCUAGUUCCCCGUGGCUUUCUUAAGAGACUUCACUGACCGUGAAGUUAUUUUUUCUGACAUUUCCAUGAUUGAAAUACAGACUUGGAAUAUAUAUGGCAGAUUGUGGGCGUUUUCUGUUAGAGCUGAAUGCUAUCUUUGAAUGGUAAACCCGCCAUAUUUAACUGAUUUUUGUAUGUAUUACCUAGUGUUUGUUUCAUUUUUAUAUAUGAUUCAAAACAAUUAGCAUUUUUGUCAGAUAGUUCUGUACAUGUUUCUUGAAAAACUCGUAGGUUUUAUAACGUGUUGUGUACAUUACCGAUGUCGUUAUGUUUUAUGUUUCAUUAACUGUUUCCUUGGCCAAGACAAAAUGUUACAAUAUCCCAUUGUGAUUGUUAAUUCAUCCUUGUAUCUAUUUUUCUUUAUAUAGUCUGAGGUUAUAAUACUAAAUAUAUACCUAUACCUUUUGACUAUUUUUUUGUGUAUUUUUCUUCAAUUCCUAUAGCUACCCUGAGUUUUUUUCAUUCCUAAUAGUGAAAACCUGAUUAUUGUUCAUGUCGACACCCUCCAGUGAAAGAAAACCAGGAGCGCACCUACGGUCACACAAAGUUGAGACUCCUGACUCAUUGCAAAGAUAGAAACCACAUACCAUGAAGUCACCUUGGGUGUCUCAGUAUGAGGGUGUUAUAAGAAUAGUGUAUUUGACCAGUUUGUGAAAGGUACAACGAAGCCGGGCUUUAUACUAGAUUGGAAGCAAUGAGGAAGGGAGAGUAAUUUUAUGACUGGGAAUCUAAAUUCAUAUCCAAUGUUGGAAAGAUAGACUGAAGCUAAAGCUGUUACUGGAAAGAAGCCUGUCACCCCUAUUGGCCAGGUUAGAAGUUGGU